AUGACCUCGAUGAAAAGAUGGGCCGAGCACUUCAUUGAACUGCUAAAUGGAACUACUGCCAAUUCAAACGUUACUCCUAACCAAGAUGACUCGACACUUGACACUAAUCGGAGAGAUGACGAAUUCUUACCAACGGCUGAAGAAACUGCAUCUGCUAUACAGUGUCUUAAGAACCAAAGGUCCUUAGAAUAUGAUGGGAUACCGCCAGAACUCUUAAAACAGGGUGGCCCCAGCCUUGUUCGUGUUCUUCACGCGCUUAUAGAGAGGGUGUGGGUUGAUGAGACUAUGCCAGAAGAUUGGAACUCGGGUGUAAUCAUACCCUUACAUAAGAAAGGUGACACUUUGGACUGCCAUAAUUACAGAGGCAUCACGCUACUUAAUACCGAAGUUCUCUCCAACUUAAUUUAUUACCUAACUAAGCUUCAGCCAUAUGUCGAGAACACAAUUGGUCAGUAUCAAUGUGGUUUCCGUCGUAACAGAUCUACUAUGGACCAAGUUUUCGCACUCAGGACGAUAUUAGAAAAGAUGACGGAAUUCGGAAUACCAACACACCAUCUUUUUAAUAGAUUUUAA